CCCCUCCCAGAGCCGGGGAUAGAACCCAGGAGUCCUGGCUCCAAGCCCCCGCUCCACUUCAAGCCCUCUCACCGGGGCUCUGUAUCUCUGUUUCAGACAAGGUGAAGGUGACCCUGAUCUUGGGGGACAUCAGUAGCCCCACUGACGUUGGGGCUGCCGUGAAGGGGGCGGACGUGGUGAUCCACGCAGCCAGCUUGGUGGACGUGUGGGGCAGGGUCCCGCCCGAGAAGAUCACGGAGGUGAACGUUCACGGGACCAAAAACGUGAUUGACGCCUGCAUCGAGCAUGGGACCCAGUAUCUGAUCUACACCAGCAGCAUGGAGGUUGUGGGCCCCAACACCAAGGGGGAUCCCUUCUACAGGUACCCAGGCGCCUGGCUUCCCCUGCUCUAACCACUGGACCCUGC